AUGCCCCUCUUAAGAAGCGGGCGGCAUCUCCCGCCGGAGUUUCUCUCGUUUGCUUCGACGGCGGCGGUCUCCCCGCCCCCACUCGGUUCACGCGCAUGCACUCCGGGUCCCGAACAGCCUCCCGCGUGCCCGCCGCUCGGUCCGAAACAAGCCUGUGAAGUUCUGCUUCCCGGGGAUCCCAGAAAUGAACUGGAGCUGAAGGCGGAUCCACGGGGAGACACGAGGUACGGGCGGGAACGACCCGACAGGAAGAGAGACCGAGGCGCGCGCAGGCGCUCAGGCGCCCGAGCAGGCGCGGCGCGCGCGGCCGCUGCACAGAGCCGGGCAGGACCGGUGAGAGUCCGAGCGUCCGGGCGGGACGUGGGGACACUGCGGAGGAGCCAGGUUUCUCAGGGGCCUGGGCGUGAGAGCACAGACCUCAAGAGAUCAAACCAGUUCUCAUUGACAAAACAGACAGACGUGCUCCAAAGCAGAACCAGCAAGACAUCUGGUUCUGCAGAUGUUCUCGCAGAAGACCUGAGAACACAUUCCUCUGAAAUAACCGAGAAGACCCUUAAGGCAUUGGAUCAAACUGCUGACAGUGAGCUCUUCCUUGUUGCAAGAAAUAAGUCAUCUCUUCUUCCUUAUUGCAAGAAGUGUGGAUUUCAUUCAAACCCUCUGUUUGCCUUCCAGGACUGUUGGGACGGAAGUAUUUCUUCAGUGCUGAUCUGGGGGCUUUGACCAAGAGUGUUGACGGCUGGCAGCUAAUGUCUGUUUUCACUUCUGUGGCUUCUGGUGAGAGAGAACUUGGUGAGCCGGCCACUUGGGAGAAGAGGGCAUAUUACCCAAGAGCCAUAGUCUGCAGAACCUGUUUGUGGGUGAGAUGGGGAUGCAGACGGGAGAAGAUUUCUAGUACAAUCUGAUUUUCCCUCAUUAUCAACAAGGAACCUAAAAAAGUGGGGCAAGUCCUGGUUGUCCAGGCUAAGAGAAUUGCCACCUUCCUCAGACGGAAGGUUCUCAGACAUCACGUGGAAAAAGAGCCUACUUUGCAACAGUUCCUGCAGUUCUUGUCUCACUGUCUGUCUCUCAUCCAGGGACUGAGUCAUGACUAAAUGCCCUUUUUAUGGUCACCAAGUGUGCCCCCUCACUAAAUCAUGUGUACACGUUUUUUUGCCCAGUGAGGCCACAUCUAUUGUCUCUCAUUAGACAAUAGUGUUAUUACUAUUUCCUUCUGUUUCUGUCACCUGUUCCUCCAUGGAGGCCUCAUGGAAGGUGAAAAGGUCACCUGACUACCUUAUUUUUUUUUUUUCAAGAUUAAAAAAAAAUUAUUUAUUUAACAGACGGAGAUCACAAGUAGGCAGAGAGGCAGGCAGAGAGAGAGGGGGAAGCAGGCUCCCUGCCCAGCAGAGAGCCCGACACAGGGCUUGAUCCCAGGACCCUGGGAUCAUGACCCCAGCGGAAGGCAAAGGCUCAACCCACUGAGCCACCCAGGUGCCCCACCUGACUACCUUAAAAAGCGGAUUCUGACAGAGCAUGGGUGGGCUUUCUUCACCACACAUACCAUCUCAACCACACUUCUGUUCAACCGCAGCUGCUCUGUGUGGCCACUAACUCCGCAGGUAAUUGGAAGGCUAAAAAUUGGAAGGCUAAAUGCUCUGCAGGAAGCCUGCUUCUCCUUCUCCCACUCCCCCUGCUUGUGUUCCCUCUCUCACUGGGUCUCUCUCUCUCAAAUAAAUAAAUGAAAUCUUAAAAUGAAAUCUUAAAAAAGAAAGAAAAGGAAAGCUAAAAUGGUGACAGAAAAGUAGGGAUUUGUGUU